UUGGUUUGGACACCCCUGUAUGAAACCUAGAGAAUUACGUAAAGUCAAUUAUCGCGCAGUACUUUUUAACUCCGUAUAAAAAAUGUUUUUCGACAGAACCUUCCCCAAAUUGUUGACGGUGAAAGCCCAAGAGGAAGCCGAGGAGGAAGAAUUACAGGACCCACAACAAAUCCUCAGAGAUCAAUGCAGGGAAACGGAUCACUGCAAGCAUUUAGCUGAAAAAUACGAGGCGUGCAACGAGAGGGUCAGAUCUAAGUCACGUACCACUGAGACUUGUACCGAGGAGUUGUUCGAUUUCCUGCACGCCCUCGACCACUGCGUCACCAAAGAUCUCUUCAGCAAACUGAAGUAACUCGUAAUAACUUGGAUAGUUGCGUAGGUUUAUUAUACAAAUGGUGUCAUUGUGUUCUUAGAAUGUAAUAAAUAUUUAAAGUGGAA